GGACAGGCGCGUCCAGGCCGCGCCCGGUGCCUGCUGUUGUUGCGCCUACGGUUGCUGCUAUUGCUGCUACUAUUGCUCGUCAUCCACCGCCUCAUCCUGCCGCUUCUGCGCCUGAUCCAGUUCGUCAGUUUCCUCUUCCCUGCUGGCACGUUGGAUAGCUGCCCUGCAGCGUCUCGCCCGCCAUUUUCGUUCGCAGCCAUUUUGGCCGAGGCCUGCUCGGCAUAGCCUAGCCGGCGCCCGCGAGCCAGGACGAGCUGGUCGCCCUUCCCUCCCCCAUCGUGGCCCCUCCAGCACCCGCAGGCCUAGCGAAAGCGCUGCCCUCCGGCCGCGACGCUCGUCCCACAGAGGCCCGGGGGAGCCCUCCGCCGCCCAUGCUCGGAGGCGAGGCCGGCCCAGCAGGGGCGGAGAGCGCGGGGAGCGCCACCGCGAGCAGCGGCUGGGACGAGGAUGAUGCGUCGACCGAGGGCGGCAUGGACGAGUGGGGCUGGGACCCCAUGGUGGACGAGUUCCUGGAGGCUCUCGUGGCAGAGGCCCCCCGGCGCGGCCGCGGGGGCCCCGCGGGCGGAGGCGGCGCCAGCGCCGGCGGCGCGGUCUUCGCUGGGGGGGGUGGCGCCGCGGUGGACUGGACGUGGGUGGCAUGCCGCUUCCUGGAGACCCUGGAGCCCGACGAGGAUUUCUUCGACCAGGCCGCCGCCGCUUUCGAAAGGUUCAGCCCGGGGGAGCUCCAGGCGCGCUGGGACUACCUCCAGGACCGGCGGGCCGAGGCGGAGGCCAGCGCCACCGAGGCCGAGGCCGUGGCCGAGGAGCCUCCGCAGGGGGAGAGGCGGCUG